CGCGCUUCACUCGAGAUCUCCCCCACUUCCCAUGGAUCCCCUCCACGUCCGCCUCCGCCUCGGCGCGCUCGGGAUGGCUCUCGUGCUUGCCGCCUCCGGCGGGUGGUGGGGCGGCGCGGAGGCUUCGAUCCACACCUACGGCCGCGAGCCCUUCCGCGAGGUGGGCAACGCCUUCCUGCUCUCCGGCGGUAGCGAGGGCAUCGUCGCUGACGGGUCCGACCCCGCCUCUCCCGCCUCCUCCUUCAUCAAGUUCAUAAAUGUUACUUUCUGGAGGACCGCAGAAUCGGCAGAAUCGCAUGCAAAAAUGGCACACAGUACAGGUCUGGUACAAGCUAUUUUAUUUGAAGCAGCUGACAGGGAUAACAUUGGGGGAUCUGCCUAUGGUGGACAGAGGUCUAUUUGCUGUACCCCUGACCUUGCUAAACUGGAGGGCUGCAAACAAGGGGAAGUAAUCAGGAGGCCAUCCUCUGAUGAUCCGGAUUGGCCUGUUGUGGUAGACACACACUUCAGUGCUAAUCACCUCUCAGUGAAGUUGGAAGAUGAGGAAGUUCGCAUUACAAAGACAGGCAUGUACAACUUGUUCUUCAUUUCUUGCGAUCCAAAACUGAGGGGCCUUGCUAUGAGUGGGAAGACGGUCUGGAGGAAUCCUGGUGGGUACCUACCUGGACGGAUGGCACCUCUGAUGACAUUCUAUGUUUUCAUGUCACUAGCAUAUCUGUUAGUAAUGGUUGUCUGGUUUAGCCAGUACAUAAGGUUUUGGAGGGAUAUAUUGCCAAUCCAGAACUGGAUCACUUUAGUUAUUGCCCUUGGCCUGUUUGAGAUGACACUAUGGUACUUUGAAUACUUAAACUUCAACAGCAGUGGUGUACGUCCAGUUGGAAUUACAACUUGGGUGGUAACUGUUGGUGCCAUCAGAAAAACAAUUUCCCGCCUACUGAUCCUUUCUAUAUCAAUGGGAUAUGGUGUCGUUCGCCCAACUCUGGGAGGUCUCACAUCCAAAGUUCUACUCCUUGGGCUUACAUAUUUCCUGGCUUCUGAAUUGCUUGAUAUAGCAGAAAAUGUUGGAACAAUUAAUGACAUCUCAGGCAAAGCAAAGCUUUUCCUUGUCCUCCCUGAUGCAUUUUUGGACGCUUUUCUCAUACUUUGGAUUUUCACUUCUCUUUCCCGUACUCUUGAGAAGCUACAGGCAAGGAGGAGUUCUGUGAAAUUGGAUAUAUACAGGAAAUUUACAAAUGCAUUGGCAGUUUCUGUCAUAGCUUCAGUUGUCUGGAUUGGUUAUGAGGUGCCUUAUAUUUUUGGACGGAGGAAGUACAAGAUUGUGGUAAGUAUAGUAUGUCAACAUGUCUCAUUGGCGAUAACCGCAAUGCUACUUUAUUUUUUUUUUUUGAGCUGAAAACUGUAGGGGAGGCCCUGACGGUAAAUUUUAUUUAUUAAAAAAGAAAUAUAUGUACAAGAUAGAGGUAAUGAAUAUACAAAAGGGCUUAGCCCAGGGCAUAGCCCAAAGGAACUACAGAUCGUCUAGCCAGGCUAAAAGGGAGGAUUUGAGAUCAUCCUUCAUUCUGUAAGAAAGGAGGAAGAGGUCCCUUUUGAAAGAAAAGGUCCAAGCUCAAACAGAAGGUGUUUCAUUAUCAACGAUAAGACCAUUCCUACACUUCCAAAUAUUCCAGCAAGCUGUGGCAAAAACUUCAAAGAAGAAAGGUUUUCCAAAGUUGCAUCUAGCUGCUGUAAUCAUCUGGGGGAAUUCAAGGCUGUCAUUGAUCAUGAUGUUAAUUUUUGCCCAACAUUGCCUACUGAAAGUACAGCUCCAGAAAAGAUGAUCCCUGGUUUCCAACAAUCUGUUGUCACAAAUUUGACAUAGCCCAUUGUCUUCGAAAGUGUAGUUUUUCCUUAUGAGCAUAUCCUUCGUGUU